CGAAAAUUCAAAAAUUCGUUAUAUUUUUUAUGGCUUCUCAAACGAGGGGAGGAAUUUGGAGAACGGCGUCGCUAGGGGUUGCUUGGUUUGUACGGCCGCUUCGCGCCUGCGCGCGUAGUUCGCGCCACUGCUACGUUGCUUGCAAGCCAGAUGUUCUGAAAAGCUUCCUGUCGUCGUUACAUUGCUCUGCAUUUUUAUCUAGAUAUAAAAUGUGGACUAGGAUUAUUUUAUUAUUUUAUACUAUGAGUGAAGUAUCCAGUGUAUAAUUUAAUAUGUGUUUAGUAGAUUGUGUCGUUUAAUUGAAAGUUAUCGAGCGUCUCGAUGUCCACGAGUUCACUCGAGACCAACAAAGCGGCGGACAUUUUAUUUUGAGUACUCGAUAAUGUAGCGUUUGCGUCGAAAACAUUAAAUGUCGUUUUAUGGUUCUGUAUUUGGAUAUCGUUCGCUUACACCUUUCCGAUGCCGAGGGGGGUGAAGCGAGGGCCGGCGGAGGGCGAAGCUGAGGUGGUAGUACGCGUCGGAGCAUCUCCGUCGCACACAACACUCUUAGAUGACAGCCCCAGCCAGCCCAUCAGCUACCACCUGCUCGACCAUGGCUACGGUGCCACGCCUCAACACCAGAUUCGGCGGGAGGCGCCCACCGCACCGCCGAAGACUUCAGAAGCGGUGAAACGAAGACUGAACCUGAGCGAGAGCAGUUCGGGCAGCCAGGGUCACGUGGUGCCCAUGAAAGCUGACUUCAAGACGCCGAAGCAGAAACGCGUCAAAGUCCUUACUCCCUAUAGUCGCCCGUCCAGUUCUAUGAAAAAAUACACCGAACGUUCCAGGUUUGACACAUCAUUAGGUCUAUUAACAAAAAAAUUCGUAGCACUCCUCAAGUCAUCACCCAACGGUGUUCUCGAUCUUAACAUAGCGGCCGAGCACCUCUCGGUUCAGAAACGACGAAUAUACGACAUCACAAACGUAUUAGAGGGUAUAGGAAUAUUAGAGAAAAGAUCGAAAAAUAAUAUACAAUGGAAGUGUGGCGUGGGCGGCGCGGGCGGCUCGGGCGAGGAGGCGCGCGUGCGGCGGCUGCGGCGCGAGGUGCGCGCGCUGGGCGGGCGCGAGGCGCGGGUGUCGCGCGCCGUGAGCGCGGCCGAGCAGGCGCUGUCGCGGCUGUCGGCGGAGCACGGCGCGCGCGCCUACAUCACCUACGCGGACCUGCGCUCCAUCAAGGACUUCCGGAACCAAACCGUCAUACCCAUCAAGGCGCCCCCGGAUACGAGGCUCAGUGUACCACAUCCAGAUGAGAAAGGCUAUAUGAUUCAUUUGAAAUCUAUGUCUGGAGAAAUAGAAGUCUACCUCUGUCCUAAAGAAAGACCACCAACACCUCCACCCUCAUCAGGGCUUUUACCAUCGGAUCCCUUACUCGAAGACAACAAGGCUCUGUUGGCUCCGCUCAUAGCACAAUUGCAGUCCAUGCCCUCCAGUUCUAUUACGGCUGCCUUUACAACACCCAUAAAGCGCGAGCCGGCGUCCUCGUCGUCGUCGUGGUCGCGCAGCCUCGUGGUGCGCUCGCCGUGCGUCACGGACCCCACGCUGCCGCUCGCCGCGCCGCGCGCCGCCCCGCCGCCCGCGCCCUCCCCCGCGCCCGCCGCCUCGCCGCUGCUCUCCACACCCGACAGCAGCGGCGCGCGCGGGCGCCUGCGCAACGCGCUCAUCGCGGACAGCGACGACUUCGCGCCCAUCAUGGGCGGCGGCCGGUUCCAGCUGCAGACCGAGGACCAGGAGUCAGAGCCGUUGGAGCUGGAACCGUUCCUGGCGCUGGAGCCGCCCAUGUCGGCGAACGACUACGGUUUCUGCCUCGACCACGACGAGGGCUUGUCGGAACUUUUCGACUUCGAGUUCUAGUGACGUUCGUGUGAGCUCCGUGCGCGGGCAGCAGUGACGCGUGUGUGUGACGUGACGAAAUGGUGCCACGAUGUACAGUUUACUAUAACAUACAGCCGAGCUGAAGUUACAUUAUUGAACCGAUAAACUAUGCACAAACGAGUCGCGAGAAAAGUACGCUUAAAUUGUACAUUUUAAAAGAAUGUUUUUUUUAUCGGCCAUGAAUAAAUGGUGGUGUACAUGCAAUAUAUAACAUCGAAUCUGCAAUAGAAAUGUCAUGGAAAUUCGAAGUAAUUACGGUGACAUGAAAUAAGUAUUUUUACAUGUUUUUUUUAAAUCGAAUUGAUAUAAAAAUUGUGUGAUUUAGUGACUAUAAAAUGAACAUAAAAAACGUCUAGGAUGCUAUGGUAUUCUACGCCAGAAUUUGCAAUGACACUACAUUUAGAAACGAGCAUUUUAUCAUGUUAAUAUAUUCACAUGUAAUAUUUUACGUACGUAUGUAAAAUCACAGUAGAGUAACAUAGCAUCGAAUGAAUUAAAUUUAUUUUGUCAAACAUACCUCUUACAUUACAUGACAGGCCGGUAAUCAAAGGGAGGAUGGGAGUUUGGGAGGUGGGGUGGCGCCGCCCGCUCUGUACAUAUUACGAUAUAAUGAAUGGUGAUAUCUUAGCGGCCUUCGAUUUACUUGUAAAGCUAGUUCUAAUUACUGUUUAUCACUAGCGAGAGGAUACGGUUUGCGAAGAUAAAUCUGUUGCGAUUUUAUUUUUGGUGGGAUACACUCAAAUCGAAUAAAAUUUGAUAUAUUAUAGCUGCAACAAAUUGAAUUUAUCGAAGCUGUGUCCCAUCGCCGCUAAAUGUGUCCGUUUCCUUAAAACCGUCGUUUGCCAAAUAUUUAGUUGAUAACUAUAAUGUUUCCUCACCUUAUUUAAGCUUAAUUUCUUUUAGUUUUCAUUGUAAAUAGACCCGAGUGGGACGGUCGGUGAGAGGCUAACAUGUAUCCUGUUUCAAGUGUGUGUGCCCAAAGUGCAAAGCUAACUAGUGACCUUAAUGUGGAAGUACGAAUCACGCAUCGCUCGUCACCAUUCCCUCUGAGAAAUAGUGUACAGCACAAAUUCCAUUGUAAAAAUCUAUACAUAAGUGCAUAUCAAAAUAAAAUUAACGUUAGAUAAUAUAAUUUAAAAGCACGUAGGCGUUUUGAGUGGUUCAGGCGCGGUGCGAUGUGAGAUGGAACCUGUUCGGUUGUAAUAGCGACAAAUAUUAAUUUAAUUAACAAAAUCCCUUAUUUAUAUGUUCCGUAUGGGUUCCGUAAUAGAGAAGACUGCAUUAAAUAUAUCGUGAGAAAAAUUAUUCUAAUGUUACGAUCUUUGUAUGUGUGAAACCGUACAUGUAUUCUAUUGAUUUCUUAGAAUUAGCCGAGUCGGUACUGAUUCGUUCCUUUGAUUUAAAAUUAAUUUUAAAAUUAUCUCUGAUAGAGAUAUACAAUAGAAGAUACGGUAAUUGAAAUCUUAAUUAAAUAAAUGAAAUAUAAAAAUGAAUUUUAGGCGCUUUUUCAAUUAUUGUUAAUGAUUUAAGUUUUAUUUUCUUGUUUUGAUAGGUUUUUGAAUGUUUAGUUAUUUUAGCGAGUCGAUAGAAACAUAACCUUUGAGAUAAUAUACCUUAAAAGUAGCGUUUCUGUCGACGGUGCUACCUAUUCUUUAAGUUUAUAAAUGUUGAAAAAUGUUACAAAAUCUAUCACUUAAAGUUACCUCUUAGUCAACGAAAAUAUAACAUCUUGAGAGCGAACAACGCCAGUAGAGUUUUUGAAUUUUCUGUUUUGAAGUUUUUUUUAUGAAAUUGUUUAUGACACAAAUUCUGGGGCCAAAACCAACGAGAAAAGGAAGUACAAAUUAAUCAAAAUUUUUCUCGUAAUUUAGUUUAAGGUUUCUACACUUCUUUCAUGGUUUAUCAUUGAAUAAUUCUUAUUUAAAAUAAAAAAAAUCACCACAUUAUCAAUCCAUUGUUAUUUAUAAUUCUUUGCCUUAAGAUUGUAAAAUUGUUUGCCCUUGUAUUUAUUUUUUAUUUUUGCACCACACAAAUGUCGAAGAUGUAAAUUGCAUAACCACACCGUAUAAUUGGUUAUUUCAUCAAUCAAAAUAAUUGUAGGUACUGCGUAAUCGUUUUUUUGCACUUGUAGCGUACAGCUGAUAAUGUUAUUUGUAAAUAAAUUCAAUAGUAAAUUCUAGAUUGCAAAGUGAACGUAAUAAUUAACUUAAACUUAUUACCAAAAUUGAGACUAAUUACAAACGAACAUUCGGCAAAUUAUGCAUGGUAAUAAAAUUGUAUACACCUAUCGAAAAUUGGAAAUUUCAUAUCUUCUAUUUCUUAAUUCCUAACCAUUAUGUAAAACAGCGAUUAUGACGUUAGUUGUUAGGAAAGUUUCGUGAAUGAAUCAUCAUAUCAGUGCAGAGUUAAGGGUCAAUCUGACAAAGUUAUUUGUACAAAAAAGAUACGUAAUGUUACGACCAAGAACGACAAUGCCUAGUUAAUACUUUGUAAAAAUAACUUAUUCAGAUUAACCGACUCUUGGACCAACACUUUGACAUUCACCAUAUAAUUUCAUACCGUCUUACUAUAAUCAAGGUUAAUCGAUUCUAUUUGUUAACCUCACCUUCGAUUAUUGUUUGAUAAUAAAGGCGUCUAUCGUUACAAGUGCAUAAGAGCUCGACGGGUGACGAGAAUUGAAACAUUUGUGUGUGAUUCAAUUCCCGUAUCCGCAAUACAGUAGAGAAUUGGCUAAGAGCGCGGUUACAAUGUCGGUCUAUUUAUUAAAUGUAAGAUAAGAUAACCUCAUACUUACGCUUAUAUCAUAGAAACUUAUUGCAGUUCAUUUUAAGCAGGACGCUGUGUCCGCUUGAAAUGACCUGCCAGAGCAACCAUUGUAUAAAACUGUUACAACGAUUUUAGUCCAUACAGACAUUGCGUCGGUUCGACGGUCCACAGGGUCCUAAGGUAGUACAUGUUUCGUAUCAGACAAUAUAUGUUAUAUUUGCGUUGGUUUAUUAUUGAUAUGUGCUGGUCGGCCGAAUAUUUGAUCAAUAAUUUUAUACUUAAAACAAUUUUGCAUGAUAUACAUAGUAGUUAUAUAUAUAUGUAGUAACGAAGAACUAUUAAAGUUCAUAAAUUGACUAUUUCAAUAAAACCAGCGUAGUGACAAUUGAAUAACAAAUGAAUGUUGCUCUUACCUUAACUAAUUAAUAUCACUCAUUUCGUAGUGUAACUUUUAGCGACGACUGAUGUAUUUGUUUCGCUUUCGUUUUAAUCAAUAACGCAACAAUAUUAAAUAAACGGUGUGACACAAAUUUAGUUUCGACUUAGUAGAGACGAGAAUAUUGUGAAUACGGACAUUUUCGACGGCAUAUUUUUGUGUAAAUAUAUUUUUGGUUUUAAAUAUAAAAAAAUUGAAGGUGCAAUGUUAUAUAAUGCUGUAUUUAUGGUGUGCGUGAAGGUUCGGAGUACGCUUGUUGGCGCCAUUUGUUGUUGGUGAGAGGCCUGUUCGGUUGGUAUUCAUUUGUGUUGGAAGACUGAGGUUGAUUAUUCCAGUUCGAUGGACGUGCGAGUUAUUUGUUGAUUGAAUUUAAAUAUAAAGUCAUAUAUAUAGUUAGGUUAUAUUUUUUAAUAAAUAUAAUAUUGAGAUAUGUAAUAUAAAA